AUGAAAUUUGGAGGGAUUCUAGGGUUUGAAACAGGGAUCAUGUUAGCACCAAUGGGUGUUGAUAUUGCUGGACCUGAACUUGUUGCUGCUGUCGCCAAUGCCGGGGGUAUUGGACUCAUUGCUAGCCCUGUUAACAAUUAUGAAGUGACAGUGAAAGUCAUAAAUGAUACAAGGAAACUGACGAAUAAACCAUUUGGAGCUGGGAUAUUGUUAGAGUUUGAGCAAACCAAAACAAUCAGAGCAAUAUUUGAUGAGAAAUUGGCUUGCUUACAAGUAUACUGGGGAAAUUUCCCUAAAGAAAUGGUUGAUGAAGCUCAUAAACACGGUGUUAAGGUCAUCCAUCAGGUUGGAUCAGUGAAGGCAGCUGAAAGGGCAAUAGCUGCAGGAGUGGAUUGUAUCGUAGCUCAAGGUUCCGAGGCUGGUGGUCAUGUUGUUGGUACAGUUUCAUUGACGGCUUUAUUGCCGAGAAUAGUUGAUGCUGUUGGGAACAGAAAUAUUGCUGUGGUAGCUGCUGGAUGGAUUGCCGAUGCCCGGGGAUACGUUGCUGCUCUUGCACUAGGUGCUCAGGGUGUGGCUGUAGGUACAAGGUUUAUAGGUACAAAGGAAGCGUAUGCACAGGACUACUAUAAACAACAACUACUUCACUACAACGAAGAGCAGACGGAUCGUACGGACUUAUACGAACGUUUCAAUUGGAAAGCAGACGUACGUUGCAUGCGUACACCCUUCUAUGAGCAAUGGAAAGAUGCACCUGACUUUGUAGAAAAUGACAACUAUCAACCCAUAGUUGGGAAGAGCAUCUUUUUUGAGAAGGAGGCAGUUCUUCGAAGAUUCUCCGGUCAAGUAAUGAACCGUACUACUACCGGCAACUUAGAGGAUAUGGUACUGUAUGCGGGACAAGGAGUGGAUCUUGUAAAUGAUAUUGUUCCAGCAGCUGAAGUGGUUAGAAGAUUUGUUGAUGGUGCGAAGGCUAUAAUACAAGGCCUAAGCAAAAAUUAUUUGCCAAAACCAAAGAAAGACAAAGAUAACGAUCACAGUGAAGUCUGUGUGAACAAGGGAAAGGAAAAAAAGAAGUGGAGAAAGGAUGUGUUGAAACUAUUCAUUGUGAAUAAUUCUCUCCUCUUUUUAUGA